GGCUAACGGGAGGAGCGCCGAGUCCAGGAAAGGACAGCGAAGGCGAAGCUGCUCCCAUCAUGCUGCGGUUUGUAGCGCUGACCUGCGUCCUCUGCAUGGGAGGAAACCUCGUAACGGGACAGAGGGAUGGAGAAAUUAUCAGUCAGAUUAAGAUGACAAACCUCGCUUUGGCUGAGAUUAAAGAGCUGCUGAAGCAACAGGUCAGAGAAAUAGUGUUUCUGAAGAACACAGUGAUGGAGUGUGAAGCCUGUGGAAUGGGGGGCAUCCAGCCCGUCUCCCCCUGUGAGCCCAACCCCUGCCACCCCGGUGUGAAGUGCUCAGAGUCCCCUGAGGGCCCGCAGUGUGGCGCCUGCCCUGAUGGCAUGGAGGGCAACGGGAUGCACUGCACAGAUGUGGACGAGUGUAAGGUGAUGCCGUGCCACAUGGGGGUCCGCUGCAUCAACACGUCCCCAGGUUUCCGCUGCGGUUCCUGUCCUGCAGGAUACACCGGACCUCAGGUCCAGGGGGUUGGACUCGCUUACGCCACUGCCAACAAACAGGUGUGCAAAGAUAUAGACGAGUGUGAAGGUUCCAGCAACGGCGGCUGUGUGGAAAACUCUGUCUGUCUGAACACUCCUGGCUCGUUCAGAUGCGGUCCCUGUAAGCCCGGCUACGUUGGGGACCAACGGCUUGGCUGUAGGCCUGAGAGAGCCUGUGGGAACGGCCAGCCCAGUCCCUGCCACGCCAGCGCCGACUGCAUCGUCCACCGAGAGGGUACAAUCGAAUGUCAGUGUGGAGUGGGAUGGGCGGGUAAUGGAUACCUGUGUGCAACGGACACCGACAUCGAUGGUUUCCCUGACGAGAAGCUGAACUGUCCUGACCUGACCUGCAACAAGGAUAACUGCCUCACCGUGCCAAACUCCGGCCAGGAGGACGCCGACAACGAUGGUUUCCCUGACGAGAAGCUGAACUGUCCUGACCUGACCUGCAACAAGGAUAACUGCCUCACCGUGCCAAACUCCGGCCAGGAGGACGCCGACAACGAUGGGAUUGGAGACGCCUGUGAUGAUGACGCAGAUGGGGAUGGGAUCCCAAACACACAGGAUAAUUGCAAGCUGGUGCCCAACGUUGAUCAGAGAAACAUCGAUGAGGACGACUUUGGUGAUGAGUGCGACAACUGCAGAGCGGUGAAAAACAACGACCAGAAGGACACGGAUCUGGACAAACUUGGUGAUGAAUGUGAUGAAGAUAUAGAUGGAGAUGGAAUCAUAAAUGUCAUGGACAACUGCAAAAGGGUUCCCAAUGUUGACCAGAAAGACAGAGAUGGAGACAAAGUCGGAGACGCCUGCGACAGCUGUCCCUACGUCCCCAACCCGGACCAGAUGGAUGCAGACAAUGACUUGAUUGGAGAUCCAUGUGACACCAACAAGGACAGUGAUGGCGACGGACACCAAGACUCCCGGGACAACUGCCCAGCCGUCAUCAACAGCUCUCAGCUGGACACAGACAAGGACGGAAAGGGGGACGAGUGUGAUGACGACGAUGAUGAUGAUGGGAUCCCUGACCUGCUGCCGCCUGGUCCUGACAACUGCCGUCUGGUGCCCAACCCUCAGCAGGAGGACUUGGAUGGUGAUGGUGUGGGUGAUGUGUGUGAGAAAGAUUUUGAUAACGACACCAUCAUCGAUCCCAUCGAUGCCUGUCCUGAAAAUGCAGAAGUCACCCUUACUGACUUCAGGGAGUACCAGACGGUCGUUCUGGACCCGGAAGGAGACGCGCAGAUAGACCCCAACUGGGUGGUGCUGAACCAGGGAAGAGAAAUCGUCCAGACUAUGAACAGUGACCCGGGUUUGGCUGUUGGCUACACUGCGUUCAGCGGCGUGGACUUUGAAGGGACGUUUCAUGUAAACACAGUAACGGACGACGACUACGCUGGGUUUAUCUUCGGCUACCAGGACAGCUCCAGCUUCUACGUGGUGAUGUGGAAGCAGGUGGAGCAGAUCUACUGGCAGGCGAACCCGUUCAGAGCCGUGGCACAGCAAGGCAUCCAGCUCAAGGCGGUGAAGUCGAGCACAGGUCCGGGUGAGAACCUGAGGAACGCCCUGUGGCACACCGGAGACACCGGAGACCAGGUGAAGCUCCUGUGGAAAGACCCUCGCAACGUGGGCUGGAAGGACAAAACUUCGUACCGCUGGUUCCUCCAGCACCGACCUGCUGAUGGCUACAUCAGAGUCCGUUUCUAUGAGGGCCCUCAGAUGGUGGCAGACACCGGCGUCAUCAUAGACGCCACGAUGAGAGGAGGCCGGCUGGGCGUCUUCUGCUUCUCCCAGGAGAACAUCAUCUGGGCCAACCUGCGGUACCGCUGCAACGACACUCUUCCUGGGGAUUUUGACACCUACAGAACCCAGCAGGUCCAGCUGGUGGCCUGAGGACUAAAACCAAACACUUCCAGGAAACAUCAGUAAUAAACAGACAGAACCGGCCUUAUGAGAUGUGUAUUGUUGGAUCUGAAAAUAAAUCUCUGUCCUAAAUGAUGUCGUUGCAAAGUCUUGUGAACAAUAAAUAAAUCACGAUUUAAGUAAUUUAUAGAUGUGGAGAAAGUUGCUGCAUCAUGAAAACACAAUUGUAGUUUAAAAUAACAGUAAACAUUUAUAUUAAGAUGCAUAUUCUUUUUAUCAGAAUAAUGUCUGGUGCUGCUGUAUCAGUUGGUGGCACUGCUGCCCUGGCAGCAAGACAAAUCGAAAACAUAAAGUGUGUAAAAUUGACAACAACAAAAAUUUGUGGGGCUAGCUACCUAUGUAAAUAUUGAGUUAACUAUAUAGUUGUCUACCUAACUAUGUUGAAGCUUUAACAUAGUUAGCAUAGCCAGUAGCAGAGACAUAGAUUGAUAGCUGUCCACCUGUUUUACCCACAACUCUCGAUUUUCUUCUUUUGUCCUGUAAGUGGUUUGCAUGACAAAUAGCUAUGCAAGGACCAACAUACUGCAAGGUGAUCUGAGGAUGUACAAAUAAAAGUUUGACACAA